CUGAGGCAUCCACUUUCGCGCAGAGCAGUGAUGGACUCAUCGGCGCCUCCCGGCCUCUCUCUGGUCUCCAUCUUGUCUCUGUUAGCAUGCAGUGGCCAGCUGUUGGCAGCUGUCCUGCUAACACGCAGGUAUUGUGGGCGGAGCUCUACACAGGACUGGUGGAUCUUGCUGUGGCUCUUUUAUGAUGUCAUUGUCCACCUGACACUGGAGGGUCCAUUUGUUUACUUGUCUCUGGUCGGGACGGUGGAGGCUUCUGAUGGGCCGCUGGCUGAGCUCUGGAAGGAGUACGGGAAAGCCGACAGUCGCUGGCUGGUUUCUGAUCCGACGAUCGUCUCCAUCGAGAUCCUAACCGUCAUCCUCGACUCGCUGCUCGCUCUGCUGCUUAUACACGCAGUACUGAAGGACAAGUACUACAGACACUUCCUGCAGAUCGCUCUGAGCGUGUGCGAGCUGUACGGCGGCUGGAUGACCUUCUGUCCCGAUUGGCUGCUGGGCAGCCCUCACCUGAACACAUCCUCCUUGCUCUACUUGUGGGUCUACCUGGUCUUCUUUAAUGGAGUCUGGGUCCUGGUCCCGGGCCUGCUGCUGCUCCAGUCCUGGUUCAGCCUAAGGAGUCUGCACAUGCUCAGAGUGGACCAAAGCAAAGCAGCUAAAAGACAGUGAUGUCACUGAUUCGGUUUAAACUGAUCGAUGGCAGAGUUGGGGGAUCAUUUAGAUAUUCGUCUGAUGUCAGAAUCAAUCACCACGAUCAAUCGUUUGAAAAUAAACAUUUUAUUAUAGA